AUGUCACCCCCUAAUACUCCUUUUCUCCAGGAAGGGUCAUCUUCCACUUCAUCUCAGGAAACCAGUUUUGAUGCAAGCCCUGUCUCUCACACUCAUACUGUUGGUCCAGUCAGAGGUGCGCUUAGUGAUGACAACUCCUUUAGUGGACCAAGCAGUGCUUCAUCCCAGUCUGAGACCAGCGGGGAACUUACAGAAGAUGACACCUCCAGCAGUCCAAGGAAAAUGUUUCAGGAUACUACCCGGUGUGAUUCCAGAGGUUUUCCUGGAUGGGAGGCUAUUGACAAUUUGGCGGAGUAUCUUUUAAGCCUCAAUCGUACGAUAACUGCGCUGUCAACCACAGAGGUGGCAGAAAUCAUGCAGCUGUAUUCUGCUUUACAUGCCAUGGACAAGCGGCCCUCCAAAUACACCCUAAAAAGUAAGAAGAGAACCAUGCCAGGACCAUGGAGAGCUUCCCGGAAACGCAGUGGCUCUGCACCGGGUCAACAGGCAGCUGAAAGGCUGUUCAUGACCCAUGGCCAGGCUGCCCAGAGACCUGACACCACUAGAAUCACUGAGUGCAUUUGCCUCAAGCUACUAAAAGAAUACCAACAAGCGAGGAACCGACCAAAAGACUGCAAGGGAAAAGUUCUGCCCAUUCCACAGUCAAUUGUGCAAACCUACUGCCAUGUUAAACAGCUGCUUGAAGACUGCCAGCCCAUACAAGAUAAGACCAACUUGUUGUUAGUCACCAUCAACAACACCACAGUAUGUGCCUGGCUACAUGGGCGACAGAAAAGAACAGACCGAGACACUCUUCUGCAAGGAGUACAGCUUCCACAGAAGGUGUCUGUGGCUGAAAAUUCCCUGCCAGAUCCAAGACAGCUCCCCUCUAUUCCUGUUGAACAUGGACAUAAAUGCAUGGAGUUUCAGGAACCUGAAAAUCGUGAAGGCGAGGCAGUGAUACGUCCACGCGUUGGUGGUAAAACUGGCUCUUCAAAGCAUUGUCCUCCUUAUCCUAAGACUGCUUUGUCAUUAUCAUGCCAGCAAGGUCACUCUUCACCAGGCCCAGCUCCUACCUGCUUCUUGUAUGCACAGAGUCAGCAGCCACAAUCACCUGCUUGGCCUUAUUAUGAGCAGAAUCAGAUGCCAAAACCCCAAUCUGCUUCCAGUUUCUGCUACAGUCCAUCAGGCCCAGUGUGGACCUCAUCUGGACAAGGACAGUUCCUACCGCUGGCUAUUCCUCUAUCUUCAUUGCAUCAGUGCUGUACACCACCACUUCAUGCAUCAGCUCUGGCACCUGCUGCUGAUGUAGCAGCAUCUUCAUCAUCAAAUCAGCUUUCAGCAAACAUAAAUCGUCACAGGAGAUGGAGACAGAAUAGGGCAGAACUAGAAGACCAGGAACGUCUGAUUAUGUAUGCACACCCCUUGUUCCGUAAAACUCCUCAGGGUCGGCUCCUCAUGGGGCCAACUGAGGAGGCAAAUAGGAGUGAGAUUGUGGUGCCAGGGAGGGCCCGGCGUAAGGAGGAGGUUCUGUCCGAGGUCACUGCCUUUGUGAGGCAGUCCACUGACGGCUGCCAGUGUGAAGGCCCUGUUGGCACGGGGAAAGCAUUUGUCCCCUUCAUAGCUGUCACUGCUGCUGGGGAAUUCUUUGAGGAGGAAGAUAAUCAGGAGAUGGUGACUGUGGCCUCGCAAGCUGAGGAACAACUUCCUCAAGUCGCUGCUGCCUCAAGAGGCCCUGCUCCUGACCCCGUUCCUCCAGCACUGUGGACUCCUGGCCCCGUGUUCCAGCCACCUGCAGAGCUUCCUGCACACUGGAAGGAGCAACUCCCAUCCUUCCAGCAGGACUGGAUCAGGAAGAACUUCACCAGAAGAAUUGUGGUCUUGGGAAAGACAGGAGCUGGGAAGAGCAGCCUUGCCAACACCUUACUUGGAGAGAAGGUGUGUGGAACAGACGAUUCUCCAACAUCUGGAACAAGAAAAUGUCAAGCAGCAUCAGGAACAGUCAAUGGAAAAAGCAUAAAACUCAUUGACACUCCUGGAUUUUUUGACACAGUGAGGUGUGAGACAGAGAUGAAGAAGGAAAUCAUGAAGUGUAUUAUUGAGAGUGCUCCUGGUCCUCAUGUUUUUAUGAUUGUACUUAGUGUAAGCAAAUACACACUUCAGGAGAAGGAAAUCAUAAAUAAGAUGACUGAGUAUUUCUCAGAUGAAGCUCUGAAAUUUGCCACAGUGCUUUUUACCCAUGGUGACCAGCUGCCUAAAGAAACAACAAUUGCGGAGUUUGUCCGUAAAAGUGAAGAUUUAAAUGAAUUAAUCGAGAAGUGUGGCAAACGCUGCAAUGUUAUUGAUAAUAAAUACUGGAAGAAUAACCAGGAUGAAUACCGGAGCAAUGAGUUCCAUGUAAAAGAGCUUCUCAAAACAAUAGACAAGAUUAUAGAGGAGAAUGGUGGUGAUCACUAUACCCACAAGGUGCUGGAGAAGGUGAACAAAGAUUUAGAACAAGAGCAAGAGCGCUUAAAGCAAGAAUCUCCAAAUCUUUCACCGGAUGAGAUCAAAGAAAAGGCUAAAGCUGUGGUCCAAGAGAAGUGGUCACAUUAUAUUUUGAGAGUCGGAACUGACGUGUUGUUAAAAACAUUCCUAGGUGGGGGCAUGAUACUAAUGAAAGAGGAACCAGUACUUGCACUUGGGUUAGGGUUAGCAAAGGCAAUUAUAUCUGAAGUAGGAAGAGCUGGAUCAGCAGAAGAAGUUGGGGCAGCUAAAGAAGAAGAUAAUACAACAGGAGGAACAGCUGCAGCGGAAGAAGAUGUUGCUGAAGAAGCAGCAUUUGCAGCAGGAGAAGGUGGAGCAGUAAAAUAG